AUGCCAAAAAUCCUCGCUUUCCUACUUCUCCUCGCCGCUUCCCCUUUGGCAAACGCGUGUGUCACUUCUGGAGUGUGUGGCUCAUCCUAUUGUGCUGCUCCACCCGCCGUUUCAUGCUCCCCGUCGUCCUGCCAGCCUGGAUACUCUUGUGGACAGUACGGAUGUGCUAGAAAUCGGGCGAGAAGUGCGUUGACCCAGAAAGUGGAUGGCAUUUUUAUAGAUUCGACGAAUUCGAGAGAGCUUUUGGGUUCACAAGAGAGUUCCAGAGAAACCCCUCCAAAAUUUAAGAAUCCCAACUUCAUCUUCCGUCAAUGUUGCGAACAACGGGGACUUCCAGAUGCCUGUCUGAAUAAGUGUCAUUUCAAUAGCUACACUAAGGAUGCGCUCCAAGGAAUGUACUUCAAAACCGAUGGUUGCCCGCUUGAAGCAGCAGCCGAUAUGCAUUUCUGUGCAGCUCAAGGGAGAGAUCAUACUCAGUGCUGUGUUCGAAACGGUGUCACAACCACAUUGGCUGGGCAGAAGUGUCUAACAUUCUGUGAUCAGCGACCAGAUAGAGUGACCAAACUGGACUACUCGUAUGUGCCAUGCUAUGAUAGAUUUGAGAAUAUGAAGCAGUGCUUCUACAAUGAGAUUAAGGCCAAGGCUGAGCAACAAUUUGGAGCAAGAAGGCGAUGA